AUGAUAGAUGAAGCAUAUGUCUCGGCCGGUGGGAUGCCCUUCAAAGUGCCUACCCCCAACAACAACCACUUGAUGGUGACUUCGAGUUAUCACAUCAAAGAGUUGAUAAAUGCGCCUCUUCAGAGUCUAUCCCUUCAUGCUGUGGCUAAAGAGAUCUUACAACCGAAAUACACAAUGUCUGGCUUUGAGUGGCAAGACCAGCGUGGGAUCGAGGGGACGGGCUUCGUGCGAGCCUUGAGGAGCAGGCUCACUGCUCACUUGCCCGGCAUGCUACCCGACCUCAAGCGAAUGGUCGAGGCUGCCAUUAUGGAAGAACUGAGCACACCAGAAACCGAUGGCUCUGUGCAUUGCCGACUGUUCCCGCUGAUCAAGCGAGCUGUCACCAAGGUCAACUGUUUUGUCUUCUUCGGGGAGCAGCUCGCUCAAAAUCCCGAAUUCACCGCAGCCGCCCUGGAAUUCCCUCAGACUGUCAUCUUUGCUUCGGAGAUAUUGCGUAUCACACCUUCCUUCUUACGGCAGUACGAAUGGCGCAUUUGGCCCCCAGACGCCGUUUCUCGCUGA